GCCCUGCGCUACAUGGUUAUAUAACCGGCGGCGGGCCGCGUCUCUCUGCCCCGAGCCUCCGUCGCGCCCGGUCCGCGCGCCACUGCUGUCGGGAACUCGAGCGCCGCGCACGCGAUCCUUCGCGCCACAACACGACCCGCGAGACAAAUAUUCUAUUCUUUUAACCGAAAUAAAAAAUCACAACUUUCCAAAUUUAAAGUUUCGAGGCAAGUUUCAUUCAGCGUUUCCGGCCACUUCGCCACAGCGAUAGUGCGUUGUGUAUGUGUUUUGGGUGGAAAAAGUGGAAAUAGUAAUUCAGAUAUACCUACAGUGAUGGAGUUUAAGUGUUGUUUAAAUAUGCUGCAGACAAACAAUUAAAAAAGAUCUUCGUACAAGUGGUAGUGGAAUACAAUGUAAUAGAAAGUCCCUCCGGGCCCAAGAAAGCACAUUAGUUCUCUUUGCCGCGCGAUCCCGUCUCAGUCGUAAACAUGGGCAAGAAGAACUCCAAACUGAAGCAAGACACCAUCGACCGGCUCACCACCGCCACCUAUUUUACGGAGAAGGAGAUUCGGCUUUGGCACAAGGGCUUUCUGAAAGAUUGUCCAAACGGGUUGCUGACUGAGCAGGGCUUCAUCAAGAUCUACAAGCAGUUCUUCCCGCAAGGAGAUCCCAGCAAGUUUGCCUCGCUCGUGUUCCGUGUCUUCGACGAGAAUAAUGAUGGUUCGAUUGAGUUUGAAGAGUUUAUUAGAGCCUUAUCAGUGACGUCACGUGGCAAUUUGGAUGAAAAGCUUCACUGGGCAUUCAGGCUCUAUGACGUGGACAACGAUGGCUACAUCACCAGGGACGAAAUGUAUAACAUCGUGGACGCGAUAUACCAAAUGGUGGGCCAAACCCCGCAGCCAGAGGACGAGAACACUCCGCAGAAGCGCGUCGACAAGAUCUUCGACCAGAUGGACAAGAACCACGACGACCGCCUGACCCUGGAGGAGUUCCGUGAGGGGAGCAAGGCUGACCCCCGCAUCGUGCAGGCCCUGUCGCUAGGCGGGGACUAAGACACGCUCUUCGCCUAUGAUUUGCUCACUCUCUCCCCUGUACCAUGAAAACGCUACCCUUUAUUGAGGGCUUCAAUUCUAAAGUGGGUUUUGACUGGCAAUAAAAAUUGCAGACAUCGAUUUCUGUGUUGUAAUGACACUUUUGUGGUAUGCUUAGCAAUUGGCAUAACACACGUUUACACCCGUCGACUUCAAGUAUUUUUUAUUGCUAGUCUAAACCUCGCUUAACAGUACAGUAAAUUCUGGCGAACACUGGUUAUCAUGGUAGGGGAAUCUGCUACUUCUGGCAAAUUAAUUUAAUACCUAAGUUUACGUUUUGACAGACAUAGGCGUUGAGGCGCCGCUUCUUCAAGAUUACUUGGAUACAGCACUGGUAGUUACGCAUCAUACAGCUUUUGCAUAUUUAUCGAUAUAUAUAAUUAUGUUUGUAUUGUAUGUCUAUUAAGUAUGAUAAAAUAAGUAACUAGUUAAUAUGUUGAUUCGUAAAAAGUAUUUAAGUUUGGAAUGAUCAAAAUUUACUUCAAAACAAAAAAUAAGACACAGCUGCAAAAAAUUAUAUUGUAACGACAUAGAAGACCGUGAAAAAGCCGCAUAUUUACCUAAUUAAAUUGGGGAAGAAAAUCAAUGAAUGUGAAUGAAAAUUCUCGUGAAUAUUUAUUAUUAUGUUACCUACCUUCUAACCUAUGCAUUUUCUAGAUACAAUGUCAAAAAACCUAUCUAAGUAUCUAAC